AUGGGUUGCUCAAACACUUUAUUGCUCCUUGUCCUUGCCGUUGCUGUUGUUGCUCUUAUGUUCUUUGAGGUGUCAUCAGCUCGUGAGCUUGUUGAGGGAGUUCAACCCAAGGAGAGAGCACAUGGAAAUCUGGCUCACUUCCAGGGACAGGAUGACAAAGAAGACCACAAGCACAAGAAGGGGUAUGGUUACGGCCAUGGGUCUGAAUACGAACACGGCCACAAACACGGACAUGAGCAUAGCCACGGUUAUGGGUAUGGUCAUGGACACGAGCACAGCCACAAGCACAAGCAAGCGCAUGUAUACAGACACAGGCAUGAGCACACGCACAAGCAUAAGCAUAGCCACAAGUAUGGACAUAAGCAUGAGCACGGACAUGGACAUGGGAAAGGGCAUGGCCACAGACAUUAUGGGAAAGCCACCACCGUGGAAGGCCAGGGAAUGGUGGCACAAGUGGACACUAAACUUGGAAAUUAA